CCAUACCACAAUCAAGGUGACCGAAGUAUACUCAAAAGUCGUUCAUCAUGCGUAGUUCCGUAUUGAGCGUAGUUCCCUUCUAUGCAAGUCUCGCUUUAAGCGAUCGCUACGCCAGCAACCAAAAUCCGACUGUCAUUGACACGCCUCAAGUAGCCGCAAACUUCCCUGAUGUGCAGGACGUCAAGUUACUAGCACCAGCAUUCACAGACCCCGGUAGCGUUCAACCGGGCUUCGCAAACGGUACCUCUGGACCAACAUCCCAAAGCACUUUAGAGAAAUUUGUGAAAGGCUUAGCCCACGGCAACGGGUGGUUCACGUACAAUGACAAGCUAGAAUCUGAGGAAGGCCGCAAGAUACCCUAUGUCACGUUAUCAAAUGGGGAAAAGGGUGCAAAGAAGCUCCGCAUCUUCAUCCAAGGCGGCAUUCAUGGGGACGAGCCUGCCGGUGAUCAAGGUGUCCUGGCGCUGCUUGGAAAGUUUGCCAAUGACUCCAAAUGGACCGAGAAGGUGCUCAAGAAGGUUGACUUGCUCAUUCUUCCGCGCUACAAUGUCGACGGCGUGACAUAUUUCCAGCGGCAACUCGCGUCAAACUAUGAUCCCAACCGUGACCACGCGAUUCUGGAACGAGAUCAAACUCGGGCAAUCAGGCAACUGCAAUCCACUUUCGAUCCUCAUAUCGUCACGGAUAAUCACGAGUAUACAGGCGUGAACCCAGUGGCAGGAUAUAUUCGGGCGCAAGACCUUCUCGUCUCGGCAAACAAAAACCAAAAUGUCAACAAGGACAUCCGAGCACUCAAUGAGCAGUUUGUCGAAGAUAUUUUCGCUGCAGCUAAAGCGAAGGGCUUGCGCGUAGCACCGUACUUCACCACCAGCGUCCGCAACGGUACGAUCACCGUCGAGGAGCCAAAUGCGCACGCCCAGGCUAUCCACAAAGGCUCGGGCAACUUCCAAACAAUAACAUUCCUUGUGGAGACGCGCGGGAUCAGACUUGCGAACCAGCACUUCCAGCGACGUGUAGCAUCUCACAUCAUCACCUUGGAAACGAUCCUCAACAAAGCUGUUGACGAGUUCGACACCGUCUAUAACACCAUCGAAAACGGUCGCAAGGCUUUCACUGCUAGCACCGACGACAUUGUAGUUGCGUAUGAACAACAAAUCACAAACAAGCAUCUCACCUUCAUCAGCGCGAACGGCACACUCGUCGACGUCCCAGUCCGAUCCCGGAACAGCGACCCAUACAUCGUUACUUUGAAACGCUCUCGGCCCAAGGCUUACGUUUUCUCCCGCGCCUUUUCUGACGUAGCUGAACGUCUCCAUAUCCUCGGUGUCAAAGUCAAUGUGCUCGAGAAAGAUUUUGUUGGCACAGUGGAAGCGCUCGUUGUUGAGAAUGCUACGCUUGCUACGACCAAGUUUGAGGGCGUCGCAGGGACGACGGUCAAGACGAAUGCGACCCAGCGAGCUGUUACUAUCCCCGCUGGAGGCUUUUAUGUGGACACGAGGCAGAAGAACGCCGGAUAUGCAUUUGUUUUGUUGGAGCCUGAGGGCGAGGCGUCUCUGGCUUACUACAAUAAGAUUCCGUUGGACCUGGGGGACGAGUAUCCUAUAUUCAGAGUCCUGUAGAUACGCACUGCUUUUUAGAGAUUACGUAGUCGAG